UUCCCCCCACAUAGGCGCCAGCUCCACACCACAGAGCCCACGCACCCUCAUCUUGCCACCCCAUCCCCCCCAUCCUGCACCUUAGGUUCCCAACACCCUUCAGUGCCUCACCUUAGAUCUCAGCAUUUUGGAUCCCACCCCCACUUACUUACUUUGCUGUAUCCUUUCAAACAUUGUGCAUGCACUUUCCCUUAACCCGAAUUGCCCACCACUGUGUUCCCUGCUCACCCUUCCCCUUCACCCCAGCCCACCAAUAUUAACUGGUGGAGAAUCCUUGAAUGUCCCUGGUGGAUUUGGGGAAGAGGUUGUUGGAGGCCGCUCGAAAAGGACAGGAUGAUGAAGUGCGAACACUAAUGGCAAAUGGUGCUCCCUUCACUACAGAUUGGCUGGGCACAUCUCCUCUUCAUCUUGCAGCCCAGUACGGUCAUUAUUCAACAGCAGAAGUCCUCCUCCGGGCCGGAGUUAGUCGGGACGCCCGAACCAAAGUUGACAGGACACCACUACACAUGGCAGCAGCUGAGGGCCAUGCAAGCAUUGUGGAGCUCUUGAUCAGGAACAAUGCAGAUAUAAAUGCUAAGGACAUGCUGAAGAUGACUGCUUUGCACUGGGCAGUGGAACAUGACCAUCGCGAGGUGGUGGAGAUUUUGUUAAAAUAUGGCGCAGAUGUUCAUGCUUUGAGCAAAUUUGACAAAAAUGCCUUUGAUAUCGCCCUUGACAAGCACAAUCCUGAAUUGGUGGGAAUAUUGCAGGAAGCCAUGCAGAAUCAAGUGAACACGAAUCCAGAGAGGACAAAUUCAGUCGCUGUCGCCACACCACAGUUCAUCAUUGCACCUGCAGGAGUGAUGAACCUCUCAGGACUGGUUUCUUCAACAUCUACCAAAACAACCUCAGGUGAAUCUGGUGUAUCCACAGUACAGUAUGGUAACUCCACAACCUCAGUACUGGCUACGCUGGCUGCUUUAGCUGAAGCUUCAGGGCCACUCUCAAAUUCACCCCGAAGUACAGCUGCAACGGAGGAAGUGGUGACUGCAGACUCGGUCGACUCGGCGAUUCAGCAGGUCGUAGGCAGUGGAGGUCAGAGGGUUAUCACCAUAGUGACGGAUGGUGGGGUGCAGCUGGGUAACCUUCCAGCAGGCAUUAACACUGGCCAGCCAUUCAUUGUGACCAUGCAGGAUGGACAGCAAGUUUUGACCCUCCCAACCACCCAUGUUGAGGAAGAGACAGUCAUCACUGAAGAAAUGCCAGCAAAGAAAGAGUGUCUGGAAGAAGUCCUUAAUCACUCAGAAUCAAUAGAGAAGGACACGAAUGACUGCUUGGAGAGGGAACUACUUCAAAAGCAGCUCCACGAAGCAAACCGGAAAGCUCAGGAGUACCGGCAGCAGCUGAUGAAGAAGGAACAGGAAGCAGAGGAGUACCGCAUGAGACUGGAGGCUAUUGCAAGACUCCACACCACAGCUGAGGAGAUCACUGUUGUAGAGGAGGUCACAGAUGAUGGCACUGGCACGGUGAUCACCAUGGCAGCAGAGCUGGAAGGUCCUGAGACCACGGUGGAAACAAUGGAACAGCCUACUGACAUGGCGACAGAAACAGUGACUUCAUAAAAUCUCCCUCUCAGCGCCCCCACCUCCCCAUCCCCACAACACCAACCUUCAAAACCUUCUCCCUGUUGCAUUUUGUUUGUCAAAUUUGACGCGCCUAUGUUCGCGCGCACAAGUCAAGUACAGCUCGGGGACAAGCUGUUGGUCACUGCCACACACAGACGAUCACUUUAUGAUUGCACAAGAACUCCUCUUGGAACCCGACACCAGGAAACCUUUGAACGCUAGCAGGUACAAUUUUUUUCCCCUGGAUUUUCAGAAAAUGGGGAGCGAUGGGAGGAUGUUGGGUGUUGCUAAGUGCGUUGUUAGAAUCCAGAUACUCCAAUUCACGUCCAAGCAGGAGAAUAUCCAGCAGCUUGAACUCCAUUGGGGUUAUGGUUUUGACUGCAGGGGUUUGGUGGGAAGUGAAAAGAGGGAAGGAUGGAAAUUACACGGCUUCAACGUCAACGUUGUUUUGUUUCUGCUGCAAAAGCACCGAGAGGCAAGGCUGGCGAAAUGACGCUGGCCCCUGCAACUAAUACAUCCACACACCUGGGCACCAAGACCUCUCAGUGUAUGUCUUCUCUGGGCCAUCGAUGUUAUGUCUGCAUUUUAAUAAUUUCCGAAAAAAAUAUGUAGUAGAGUCCUUUUGCCUUGAAUACGGAGAAAGAAACAAACAGCGCAAAAUCUUCCUAUGGGUAAUUUUAAAUUAUUUUGAACUGUGAGAAUUUCCCACACUGCAAUAUGCAAUCAGUUACUCAUCUGGUAAAGAGAAUAUUUUAAGUUUGUGAGCAGCGUGGGGGCAAAGAGAGUCCACUAAUAGAGACUUUUUUAAAAAUAGUUUGGUAAUAUUAUUUGGUAUUUUUAUGUACCAGUUCCUUUGUCUGUAUUCCCGCAGAGGUAUCUUUCUGACAGGUGUAAUUUUCUCCUCUGAACUUCUGCCAGUAGGUAGACAGGGAGUUUGCUGUUUGCUGCUGACCUUCAGAGUCUGUGAAGAUUUGCAUUCAUUUAGCACCUUCUCACAUUGCUCAGAAAUGCCACAAAGCAUUUCACCUGCAGCGAACUGCUCUGAAGUGCAGUAAUUUGUUAUGGAGGCAACGUUCAAAGAUAAAGGUGCUGACCUUUAGUUGUCAGCAUUUCAGGGGUUUUCGACCAUUUUGGAUGUUUCAUUUCAGAAGAGACUGAGACAAAGUCCAAGAUUGAAAUGUCACCUCUUCAGCCCGUUUUCCCCAUUCUGCUUUCAGUGUUCCAGUUUAAUUUGACGCUUCAGAAGGUUCUAUUUUGGCUGUGGAUGGUUCCAUCACAUGGCCUUGGGAUUGGCAGAAAUGCCCAGGCAUCUUGCAAAAGGUUUUCUCUUCCUGUUUAGAACGCCCUUUAUUUUACCAGCAUCUCCAAGAUUUUGCAUAAUUAAUUAGCAAAGAUGGUCACAGUAAAUGAAACAAGUGCAUCAUGGUGUUUUUUAACCUCCUGUGAUUCUUCCCCCUAGCUGUUGCUGCAGCAAAUUUCCAGGAAGGUAAUCUUUUUUUUCUCUCCCCGAAGACUCCUGAACAGUUCAAAGGGCCGGUGAACCCUCAAUGAGAAAGCGGCUGGUAUAUCGACCUUGAGCAUUUUGUCUUCCUUGAUCCCAAUUAAAAUGAGACCUGUUGGAUUUGUACUAGAUCCAACAACAGCCACAUCACUGUAGAGUCCAAGGAUCCGAAACUCCAGGUUCAAAAACCUGGCGUUUAGAUCAGUUUUGUCAGUAUCCCUUCAUAUAAAUCAAGUUUGCUUUAUUGCUGAAGUAGGUCUCCUCUGUGGGCAGACGUUAGACUUUAUAAGUAACUUUCCUCUUUACUCUUUUGACACAUAGACUUGAAGUUACCUGAUAAUUUGAAGGUAAAUACCAAGUCUGAUGUGGGCCUUCAAUCCAGUUAGAUGCCUGGAUGUUGGACAGGGGGAGAAUGUGACUUCAUUCUGCUGCCCUGUUAUUUGGAACUGUAUGCCAAAAAUUCAAAGCUGGUCCUGCACAGAUAUGGCCUCUUUGCUCAUGAGGCACUUGGAUGUGAGUGAUGUUUGUGGGAUAAUUCCCAUGGCAUAAAUGAGUAGCAGAGGGGUAAAUCUCCAUUUGCUUCCCAGUGUCUCCCUUUAACUGAAGCUGGUCUGUAAAGUGAGAUCUGAAGAGCAUCAAUUGAGUUGAGAUUGUCAAACGACAUAAGUUGGUGACGAAAAGGUGGUCAUUUAUGCAGCAUUUAAUUGUGUCUGAGACAUGGCGGAGACACUUCCUAUACGAUACCUUGCCUACAUAACAACUGCACUUCAAACACCUUGUUGCUUUGGUGUCCUUUCAUUUAAAUUUCAGAAGGUGAUCACAUUUUUAAUAGAUUUAUUUUCUAAUGAACCUUCCUAUGGACAGGUUUGCUUUUCUCAUUUACAGCUACAUUGUGCAUUAGCUGUACAGCCAGGGUCUCGCAUAAUUUUCUCGACCCUUUUUUAUAUUUAAAGAAGAAAUUUGUAUUUUUUAAAUCAUUUUUACUGUUGUCUAAGGUUGUGCCUCAUAGUUAUUUUGCAACUGAAUAUUCAGUUUACGCAAUUGGUUAUAUUAAAGCACCGUUUUAAAAAGGUGUUUUCUCUUCGGAUGUGUAUUUAGGGUCGUCUUGUGAUUUAAUUUUCAGCCGAGAUAUGGUAAUCUGGUCACAUGUGGAAGUUGGAAUGUCCUGUUGAAGAGCACAGUGGGUCAUUUCAAAACAGCCGUCAGGGUUUUCAUAAUGGCUGGCCCGCCUGGCAUCAGUAAACUCGAAUGAAAUGGGUGCAGUGUUGUUCAAAAUGGCUUUAAGGUCGCUUAAGAUGGCUGACUAUGCAAGUCACUGGUGAAAGUAAAAACAAAUGCCAGCAUAUUGCUUCAUCCUUUCUUCUGCUACUGCUUCAAUGUUGUCCCAGUAUUUGAAUUUACAGAUUAUAAUCUUCAUUUGGAGGGGUCACUGACUUCCCCAAACUCCAGGCACGAAGCUGGCCAUAACUCUGUAUUUGUGUAUUUUUUUUCCUCUUUAAGUUGCAUCAAACGCUGGACAUUUUCUAUAAGUUUAUCUGCUUGUUGAGCAACUGCCCUUUUGCAAACAGUCUAUCUGGGUUAUGGUCAUCUAAUUUUCCCACUCAUUCAAUUCAAACCGCCUCCUUGCCUGACUGAAAUUAAAGAGCAGAUGGCUUCUGGCUCAAUGUCACAUGGACCAUUCUGCACUGACUUGUCCCACACUCGCUCGGGGUGGGGGGCACGUGUUACUUGCAGUAAAGUGGGGUUCCUACUUGGUUCCUUAUGUAAUUAUGCUUUCCACUUCUUGACUUUUGGUACUUACCAAUCAUUGAUGUAACAUAAGUUAUUUAAACAUUUUCUGUUACUCUUUUAAACGUGUUGUCUUUGGAAAAAUAACAGCAUUUUUUGUUUGUCUCAUUCCUCCCUUGCCUCCCCAACAAAUUGGUCCUAACAUUUCUUCACCCAACCUCUGGGAAACCAAAACAAAGACGAGAUUGAGUAUUAAUGGGCUCUGGGAGCUGGCAAGAAAUCAAUCUGUGUAGAGUUGUGAAUAAUAGAUCAGUGCAAUGGGUCUCAGUCUUGCUCUGGACUGGAUGCUGGGGAAAGGCAGAUAACCCACAUUCAUGUGACUGCUCUGUGGCUUCACAGAAUUUAAGCUAUUUACCAGCAUGUUGUGUGUCAUGGAAAUGCAGAGCACUUUGGGUAGGAUGAGUUGGAGAGUUUAUUCUGAGAUAGUGGCAGAGGUGCAGACAGAUUUUUGAUUUUCUGCAGAGUCAGGGGAAGACAGAAAAGUGAGUUUCGGGGAAUGAUUGGGUCAGCCUUGAUCUUGAAUGAUGAAGCAGGCUGGAGACGCUGAAUGGUUUACUCCUAUUUUCUUAUGUUGAUACGGUAUUGAAAGAACUCGACUUUAUCCAACCCAUUUGUUUGCAGCUGUGUGCUGGUUUAGUGCCAGCACAGUGUGUGUUGGUCCUGGUACAGCUAGUAUGUUCUGUGGCAGCUGUGGGCUUUUCUCUUCCUCGCGCCCUCCUUUGCAUGCUUUUUCUGUACCAGUUAAUUUUGUUUAUUCUGUUUUUGCUCUCGAUCUCUCUUGAUUGAAUCCUAACUCUGAGAUGGUGAUCUUGUCGGUUUUUCUCUCCAUUAACUCUGCACGUUGUCUGCCAUUUUCUGCAAAGCCACCUGUCUCUUUGUGUUGAAAGGGUCAUUUGUAUAUGAAUCCUGGGUCUUUUUUACUAGAUACUCUAACUUUAGGAACCAGCUGAGCUAACAAUGACUGGAGGGAGGUGCAGUUAAAGAACCUUAUGGUGAAAAGCUGAGCAGUGUGGAAUUGUGGAACAACAGAGCACAGAGGGAGGCUGUUCAAGAGUAGUACUGUUGAUGUGCAUGAUAGUGUUGCUAUUUGGACAGCAGUUAGCUUCUGAUGGAUACCAUUCAGCGCCUUGGGCCUGUUGUCCCAUUUAGUUUGAAUUAUCUUAGCUCCUGGUCCCCUAACCUUUAAUGCGGUAGCCCAACAAAAAAAAAACUCAAUCAGGAUUGGGUGUGCUGCUUUUGCAGCCAGUGAUCUAUAAUCUCUCCAUCAAAUCAAGAAACUAGGAGCAGACCAUUUGGCCCUUCACAUUUGCUCCACUACUCCAAGGCAAUCAUGGUGGAUCUCCUGUCUGAAUGCUAUAUUCCCGUUCUUUCUCCAUACCUAAAAAAACUAUCAACAUUUUUGAAUGUACAGAGCCAGCCUCCACAGGCUGACCACCCUCUUGAGUGAGUAAAUAUUUCCUCGUUCUCAUGUCUAAAUGAUUAGCACCUGCAGCAAUAACAUUGGGGGGAAAGGAGAGAUAUAGGGACAGGAGUCGGCCAUUUGACCCUCUGAGCCUGCUCCACUAUUCAGGGUAUACAUGGCUGAUCAUCCAACUCAACAGCCUGUUUCUGUAUUUCACCCCACAUCCUCUUUGAUUACUUUAGCCCCAAGUGCUAUGUCCUCCUUUAAAUCGGUCAGCAGUCACACAACACCAGGUUAUAGUCCAACAAGCUUUCAGAACACUGCUCCACUUUACCUGGUGAAGGAGCAGCACUCCAAAAGCUUGUGAAUUCGAAUAAACCUGAUGGACCAUAACCUGACGCCGACCUUGUCCACUCCAGUCCAACACCAGCACCCCUACAUCGUCUUGAGCUAGAGUCAUAGAAAUAUACAGGAUAGACACACACCCUUCGGUCCAACUCGUCCAUGCCAAUCAAGUAUACUAGAUUAAACUAGUCCCAGCAUUUGGCCCAUUUCCCUCUAAACCCUUCCUGUUCAUUUAUCCAUCCAUAUGCCUUUUAAAUGUGGAAUUUGUACCAGCCUCCACCACUUCCUCAGGCAGCUCAUUUCAGACAUGCACCACCCUCUGCAUGAAAAAGCUGCCCCUCAGGUCCCUUUUUAAGUUUUUUCCCCCCUCACCUUAAAACUUAUGCCCUUUAGUUUUGGACUCUUUCCCACCCCCCAGGGAAAAGACCUUGGUCUACUUACCCUAUCUAUGCCCCUUGUGAUUUUUAUAUUUUAGAAUCACCCCUCAGCCUCUGACGCUGCAGGGGGAAUAGCAAAAUCAUACAAUGUUUUGACAUUGACAGCUUUCUGUGAUAAUGAAUUCCACAGGCUCACCUCUCUGAGUGAAUAAAUUUCUCUCCAUUUCAGUCCUAAAAGUUGACUUGAUCCCUGGUUCUGGACUCCCUUACCAUUGGGUACCUCGAUCAUGCAUGUAUUCUGUGUAGUCGUGUUAGAAUAUUGUAGGUUUCAGUGAGCUCCCACCCAACCAUUCUUCUGAAUUCCAGUAAAUAAAAUCCUGUGCGGUUGUAUUUCGCCUCCUAUGUCGGUCCCACCAUCCCAGGAAUCCCUCUGGUAAAGUUUUGUUGCACACUCUCCAUAGGAAGCACGUCAUUCCUCAGAUAAGGAGACCAUAUUUUCGACAUGGUCUCCCCAAGACCCUGUACAAUUGCAACAAGGCAUCCCUGUUGCUGUACUCGAAUCCUGUUGUAAUGAAGGCCACCAUACCAUUUGCCUCCUUCACUGCCUGCUUCACCUGUAUGCUUGCUUUCAGUAGUGUAUUUCAUUACAAAUUCCCCUCUCAAUUUAUUGUCAUUCAGAUAAUCACUUGUUUCCAUUUUUUUUCUAGAAUUCCUACUGAGUCGAAACAGGCCAUCAAAGUGGAAACCUCCCAGUUAUCCUCUUUGUAUCUGUUAGCUCACACAGCUUGGCAUAAUGUGGGACAAAGCCGGUGUACGCCACUAUUUUUGUUCUUCCCUUGGAGAAUGCCAUUGUCGUCGUCAAUUUGCUCACUGCCCUGGUUCCAGGUUAGGAGGUGCAACAUCCUAUAAGAAAGGGAAGGGCUAAGGGUCGGGGUAGGGUUACGUUAGAGAAUGGCCAAUGAGGGGUUUUGAGGAAAUUGAGAGUGAGCUGAUAACCGGGGACGAUGUGCUGUAGGAGAGCAGAGUGGGAGCGUACCUGACUGACAUCUCUAACAAUCUAACUGCAAUCAUGUUUGACACUUGGAAAUUUAGUUUUUUAAUUGCAGUGGCAGAGGUUGGGUUGAGGAAGAGAGGGGGUUGGGGUGGACCUGCUGUACGGGGAAGCUUCAACGUGUUGCCACCCAGUUCUAUUUUCCUUUAUUACAGUCUAAUCUACUGAACUAGAGUGUCCCGUGUGGGUAGCAGGGAACUUUGAGGUUGUGCAAGAGGGUAGGAACCAGUUUCGCAAUGUCACCUGUGUCCCUUGCAGGCUUACAGAUGGCUUAUACAUCCCACUUUUUCUCCAUCUGUUGCCACCUAAGUAACAUUUUCCCCUUGUUGAAAAUCUGAAACGAAAACACAAAUCGCUGGAGAAACUCUGGUCUGGCAGCAUCUGUGCAGAGAAAGUAGAGUAGAAUCCCUACCAUAUGGGAGCAGGCCAUUUGGCUCAUUGAGUCCACACCAACGUCCUUCCCAGACCCAUCCCACCCCCCCACCCUAACCCCACAUUUCCCAUGACCUAUCUGCCUACACAUUCGAGGACGCCGUGGGAACUUUAGCAUGGCCAAUCCGCCUAACCCGCGCAUCUUUGGAAUGUGUGAGGAAACCAGAGCACCUGGACAAGGGGAGAAUGUGUAAACUGCACAUCGGCAGUCAACCGAAGGUAGAAUUGAACUCAGGUCCCCUGGCAUUUGUGAGACAGCAGCGCUAGCUACUGAGCCACCAUGCUGCCAAACGUUCACUGUACUUUCUUUCUCCACAGAUGCUGUCAGACCUCCUGAGUUUCUCCAGUGAUUUCUGUCUCUGUUAACCUUUUUUCUCACGUCUCAUAUAGAUCAAAUGUUUUGUAAUUCCCCUGUGCUGAGCAAAAGUGACUGCUGUUUUGUGUUUUAAAUUCAAGUAACAGAUCAGUGAAUUGAAAUGUCCUAAUCCCAGGGGAGGAAAAUGUAAGGAACAAAGCAUUCUCUCAGCUGCCUCUUCUUUCUUUUCCUCAUAUUAACCCCAAUCCACCCCAGCAGCCAGUGUUGGCAGCUCAAGUAACAGAAUUGUCCUGUGACUGUGUGUCUAGAUGAAUUGUCUUGAAUCAUUCAUCCUGCUUUACUCAACACUGUUCUUAAUUACUGUUACUAUUAUCACCCCAAAACUUGCAACUUGGCUUUUGUUUAUAAAUUGGAAAAUUUGAGUUUAGUUUUGGUGACCUUUCUUUUGUUCCAAAAACAAGAUCAUUGGUGACCGGUUUGGGAAAUGAAUUCCCGUUGCCCUCGGCUAUGGGGAAGCCUCAAGUUGUGUCUGGUGCGCCUUUAGUACAAUGUACUGUAAUUAUCUUGUAUACAGGAUUCCGUUAGAACUAGCUGUGUUCUUUUUAGAACCUGUACAAAGUGAUACAGAUUGUUAAAUAAAUCUUGUAUAUACAUUUUUGUACCAUUAUUAAGGGCAGACCUUUGCUAAUA